CUCAUGUCGAGCUAUUCUAUGAAUUGUGCCUCGGUCCACUCACUCUAAAUACCGGGAUUUGAAAUAGCUACCCCAUAUGUACAUGGGAAUGUCACAAGCCGCAUACCGAAAUAUCAUGGAUUGACCUCAGUAUGUCUCCUGCAACGGCUUAUCAGCAUUCUCACGACAACAUCCAAUCGCUCAUCGACAUCGCAAAGGUGCAUGAUGUUGCUUACACGACGAAUAUACACGAGCGCACCGCCAAAUCUAUAACAAAACACUCUCUUGCCGCACCCGAGGAAAUACCACUCGUAGUGUUUACACCAGAAUCUACCGAGAAAACAGCCAUCCUUCUCAAGGAAUGCAAUGCCCGGCGCAUUUCCGUUACAUCAUUUUCGGGAGGCACAAGCUUUGGUGGUGCUUUGACCGCAACUCGAGGCGGUGUGUGUAUAAGCUUCGAAAAGAUGAAGGAUAUCAUUGCACUCCAUGAAGAUGAUAUGGAUGUUGUUGUGCAGCCAGGUCUUGGCUGGGUAGAGCUGAAUGCGCAAUUGAGGGAAAAGGGAUUGUUUUUCCCGGUUGACCCCGCUCCAGGAGCCAGUAUUGGAGGAAUGAUUGCCAUGUCGUGUUCUGGAACCAACGCCUACCGCUAUGGAACGAUGAAGGAGUGGGUCAUAAGCCUCGUUGUUGUUCUUGCCGACGGAAGCAUUAUCAAAACGCAUCACCGCCCUCGGAAAUCGGCCGCAGGAUACGAUUUGACGCAUCUUAUGAUAGGAUCCGAGGGCACGCUGGGCCUAGUCACUGAAGUUGUCCUGCGUCUCACUACUUUGCCCAAGAAUCUACAUGUUGGUAUGGCGAUUUUCGACAGCUUUCAACAAGGUGUUGAUGCUGUCAUUGCAUUCCAGAAAUACGGCCACAAACUCGAGAUGCUGGAGCUGGCGGACGGUCCCCAGAUCCACGCUAUUAAUCGGUCAAAGCUUGCACAACUACACCUGGAAGAGAAGCCGACAUUGUUCAUGAAAUUUGCGGGGGCUAGCUUGCAAGCAGUGAAUGAUCAAAUCAAAUCGGUGAAGCAGAUAUGUUCGGCCACAAAGGCCAUCAGGCUUGAAGUUACGAAUACAUCAGAGCGAAUCGAUGCAAUUUGGGGUGCACGGAAAUGCAUUGGUCACGCACUUGUGGCCAUGAAGCAGGAGCCGACUGAUGUUUUCCUGCAUACUGAUUGCGCUGUGCCCAUAUCGAAUUUGGCAGCACUUGUUAAAGGCACACAGAAGCUCAUCAAAGAUUCCAAUACAUCAACUUCAAAGAAGUGGUUUUGUGCGAAUGUGGGCCAUGUUGGAGAUGGGAACGUCCAUUCAAGCGUUAUAGUUCCUAUAGAAGACAAAGAGAAGGCGGAGAAGACUUUGAGGGAGGUAGCAAGGUUGGCUUUGCGCCUUGAGGGCACUGUGACUGGCGAGCAUGGGGUGGGUUUGAAACUGCGGGAUGCAUUGAUCGAGGAGGUGGGCAUCAGUGGUGUCAAUGCAAUGCGACGAAUAAAGGCAAGCUUGGACGAGCAUAGUAUACUAAACCCUGAUAAGAUUUUCACUUCAGGGGAGGCAAACAAAAUGAAGGCAAAGUUGUAGGUAGUGCUAUAUGCUUGUCACUGCGAGCUGUGGUGGGUUCAUC